AUUACAUACGCCACAUAUGCAUAUAAUUCAAAGACGGCAGAACAAACGCAAAGGUUGAAAUAUGGAGAUUUGGAGAUAGUAUUGAAAAAUGACCAUUUCGAAUUCGUUUGCAAAGGUGGUGCAGUGAUAUCAAAUAUAAAAGAAAUUUUAUUUAUGAAUUCAAAAAUUAAAGGAAUAACGGAUGAUAUAACAUCAAUUCCACCAGAAGAACAGAGAUAUUACGCAUUAAAUGCAUUUCCUAAAGUUUUGAAGAUUGGAAGAUUUAAUUUAAAUGAGGAAUUCAUAGAAGGUUUCCUAAAUGACAUAAUGAAGAAGGUGGAUAAGGAAUAUGUGGAUAGUGAGUUAAUGAAGAAAGCAGAUAAGGAAUACGUUAAUACUGAAUUAAAUAAGAAGGCGGAUAAGGAAUACGUUAAUACUGAAUUAAUGAAGAAGGUAGAUAAGGAAUACGUUAAUACUGAAUUAAUGAAGAAAGCAGAUUUAGUUUAUGUUAAUAAUGAAUUAAAUAAGAAAGCAGAUUUAGUUUAUGUAAAUACCGAGUUAAAUAAGAAAGCAGAUGUUGAUCAUACACAUGUUCAAUUCGAUGAAUUAAAUAACAGAAUUAAUCAAACAAAUGCAACAGUUAAAAGUAAUUAUGAUAAUUUAAAUUUCAGAGUUAAUGAAAAUUCAAGAGUAAUUAAUCAAAAAGCAUUUAAAAGUUAUGUUGACCAGGAAUUAAAUAAGAAGGCAAAUUUGGUUUAUGUUGAUGAAAAAGAUAAUGAAAUUAAAGAAAAGGUUGAAGGGUAUCAUGAAUGGACAUUAGAGACUUUUAAAGUUAAAGCUGAUACAGAAUGGGUUUCAGGAUGUUUAGACCUUAAAGCAGAUAAAACUUAUGUUAACGAUGAGUUAGAGAAGAAAGCAGAUAAAACUUAUGUUAACGAUGAGUUAGAGAAGAAAGCAGAUAAGGAAAAAAUUAUUUCAUUCAUUAAUACUGAGUUAGCAAAGAAAGCUGAUAUAUCAUUUGUUAAUGAAGAAAUAAAACAAUCAGAGGUCUAUUUUACUCCACCAUUUUUAAAUUUUACGAAAUCAUCAGAUAAAACAUUUCAAUCUAUUGAAUGGAUAUGUUUCGAUGGAGUGACCAUGUAUUUAUUUUAUACAGCUGGAGUGCUUUAUUAUUUUAAAACAAAUGAUUUUAAAAACUAUGAAUCAUUUACUCCAUCUGUUUGGAAUCCUGAUACACGAGAGCCAAUCAUUAAUCCAAGAAUUUUAUAUGUUGAAUAUAAUAACGGUAAAUUUAUGGGAAUGAUAACGGUUGGAGAUGAUUUUUGCCCUUGUUAUUCAUUCGAUUGUAUCCAAUGGUUCAAAUGUAAUUUAAAUCAAGAUGCUAAAUUUAAAUAUCCAAAUAAUCCUAUUAGAUGCGUUAAUAAUAAAUGGGUACUAAUUUAUGAAGUCAAUCAAAUUUUCAUUAGUGAGGAUGGGGUAAAUUAUUAUAUGUUUAGUAUGAUGUCAUCAGAUUUGGAAAUUGAUUAUACAAGUAAGUGGUAUUACAUUAACAACAUGUAUUUUAUCCUACAGAAUGAUAAAAUUUAUAGAUCAUAUUCAAUACCAUUUGGUCAUUUUGAACAAAUUUUUCAAGCUGAUGGAGACAUUGAAGCUUUAUGUUAUGCUUCAAAUGUUUGUGUUCUUGUUUCAGGUGGUAUGGUCUAUUCAUAUCCUGUAAGUUAUAACAGACAUAUUUAUUUAUCACAAGAUUUUUCACAGGAUCCAGAGAAAACACCAAGUUGGGAAUUGGUUUAUUCAUUCACUCCAAAACUUACUCGAAAUUAUAGAUUUACUAAUUUAUUUUAUAUUGAUUGGUAUUUCAUUGCUUUAGGAUGUGGUGAUUUAGUAAAUAUCAGUAGUGAUGGAAGAAACUGGUCUGAAAUCACAAAAUUUCAAGAUGUUAGAAAAGCAAUUUUCAAAAAUAAUACGUUAAUAUUGAUGACAAGACCAAUUUUAAUUUCUUACCCAGUUUCAAUAUUAUAUAAUAAAUUCAAUAUUCAUAAUGGAUUAAAUACAAUUCUUGAGAUGAUUUACCCCAUUGGUUCAAUAUAUACAUCAAUGAAUUCAACAAAUCCAGCUGAUGUAUUCGGUUUUGGUACAUGGCAACAAAUAACCGAUCGUUUCCUCUACUGUGCUAAUAGUUCAAAACAAACCGGUGGAAGUAAAAAGAUUACUGGCGAAAAUUUACCUGCUCAUAGUCAUUAUGUUAAUUUAAACACUCAAGACUCGGGCUGGCAUAGUCAUACUUAUACUAAUUCGUUUGAAUAUCCUGAUGGAAAUAAUGGAUUUCCUGAUGGAUGGUCUGAUAGAGACGCUAGCAGGGGUAAAUAUUGGUACGGUAAUAAAAAUAGAUGGAAUGAA